GGGGAAUCCACUGACAAAUAUAUAAUGUAUGUUCAUGAAACAGGGAAUGGAUGACGUUCAGGUGCGUGGGGCAGCCACAGAUAUUUUCUCUUAUCUGGUGGAGUACAACCCCUCCAUGGUACGAGAGUUUGUCAUGCAGGAGUCUCAGCAGAAUGAUGAUGACAUCCUCCUGAUCAACCUGAUCAUAGAACACAUGAUCUGUGAUACAGACCCAGAGCUGGGUGGAGCGGUGCAGCUGAUGGGCCUACUGCGGACUCUGGUGGACCCCGAGAACAUGCUGGCUACUGCAAAUAAAACAGAAAAGACAGAGUUCUUGAGCUUCUUCUACAAGCACUGUAUGCACGUCCUCUCAGCUCCGCUACUGGCCAACACCACAGAGGAAAAGCCUAGCAAAGAUGAUUUUCAGACAUCCCAGUUGCUGGCCUUGAUUUUGGAGUUGCUGACAUUCUGUGUUGAGCACCACACCUAUCACAUCAAGAACUACAUCAUCAACAAGGACAUUCUCAGGAGGGUGCUGGUGCUCACUGCCUCUCAGCACGCCUUCCUGGCACUAUGUGCCCUGCGCUUCAUGCGGAGGAUCAUUGGUCUGAAGGAUGAGUUUUACAAUCGCUACAUCAUGAGAAACUUCCUCUUUGAACCUGUCAUUAAGGCCUUCCUCAAUAACGGCUCACGCUACAAUCUCAUGAACUCAGCCAUCAUUGAGAUGUUUGAGUACGUCCGUGUGGAGGAUGUGAAGUCUCUCACAGCUCAUAUAGUAGAGAACUACUGGAAGGCUCUUGAGGAUGUUGACUAUGUCCAAACGUUCAAGGGCCUAAAGCUGCGGUAUGAACAGCAGCGAGAGAGGCAAGACAACCCCAAACUGGAUAGCAUGCGUUCCAUCCUGAGGAACCACCGCUUCCGCCGUGAUGCACGAACACUGGAGGAUGAAGAGGAGAUGUGGUUCAACACAGAUGAGGAUGACCUCGAGGAUGGUGAGGCAGUUGUUCCUCCCUCUGACAAGAUGAAGACUGAGGAAGACCUGAUGGAACCUAUAAGCAAGUUCAUGGAGAGAAAGAAAUUGAAAGACACAGAUGACAAAGAAGUACUGGGGAAGUCCAGCUUAUCAGGCAGGCAGAACCCCAGCUUCAAGCUCGCCUUCUCUGGCUCAACUAAAGCCAGCCUGUCCAGCCCACCUUCGUCUGCCUCAUUGAACCCAGGUUCUCCGGGAUCACCGGGUUCUCCAGGUUCAGGGGCACGGAGCUCACCCUCCACCACAACUGUAACCACAAAGGGUGGUUUAGUGGGACUGGUUGACUAUCCUGACGAUGACGAUGAGGAGGAAGAAGAGGAGGAUGAUGGCGAAAGUAAAGAGGAACCUCUGCCACCUUCAAAGAAGUCCAAACUGAGCUCCUAAAAAAAAAAAUAAUAAUAAAUUAAAAAAAAAAAAAAAUUAAAAAAUAAGCAUCACUGUCUCAACUUUUGCUCCGCUCAGACAGUUUCAGCGAAUCGACUUUACACAGAAAUGAUAAAACUUGUAAAGAAAUUGAAUGAAAGCGACCCCUCGCCGUCAGCGGGUGGCCAAAAGAGGAGCAGACGGAAUGGAUACCAAGCCUCCUCAGACUAGCCCACUUCAUACAAGUGCCAAUCAGGAAACCAGGAGUGAAAACCCGUCUGAAAAGUGGAACAGACGUGUGAAAGCUGGGGGGAAAAGAUCACACUCAAAAGAUCGUCUGCACACUUGGACAGUAUGAGACGGGUUGGACUUUGGUGAUUUAGCAACUGGAGGAAAAGACCACAUACACAUGUACACGCAGAGUGAAAUCCCAGAGAGCUUACGGGCUCGGACCAUAACCCACUGCCCCUCCCCCCACCCCCCACUCAGGGAAGGACAUCACAGCGGCCCAAAUGGGUCGGCCAAUUCAGACCCAGAACCACCACUCGCACCCCCACCCCUUCCUCAGAAUUUACCUUCCUCCUUGUUUCUUUCUACUUCUUUUCUCCUCUGCUCUUUCUCCCUCUCUGUCUGUUGCUUAUUGUCCCUUUUUUUUUAAGUUAGUAUAUAGGACCAGACGGGAGGCAGCAUUUGGCAAAGAGCUGUCCUUGUUGUCGUUUGAUGAUGUCAUCAGUGUCGUCGUUCCUCAGCGGACGUUCUUUCUCUGAAGAGAAAAAAAAAAGCCAGCAGUUUCUUGAUUAUUUUCUUUUUGUUCUGUAUUUGUCUCUCAAUCUUUCUCCUGUUUUUUUUGUAAAUGACAACAAAAAAGACCUGCCUUUAAAUGUUCAGGAUGUUUUCAGUCACACUUGAACAGGUUUUUAAAGACCUCAGUAGGUGAGCUAGUUUUACCCUUUUUGCCCUUUGAAACUGCAGAUUUUUUGGAGAAUUUGUAAUCCCGUCUUGAUUAAAGAUUGAGUGGAAUUCUAGAUGUGAUGAAUUUUGUCAUAUCUUCUCUUUUUUUUUCCUUUUACAUGAGUGUACACUUAGUUGUUCAGAAUAUUUGGGACCAUUAAAAUGAUCUUUGCUGUAA